AAGUGGUUAACUAGUUAAAUAACAUAGGAUAGAUCCGGAUUCCGGAGUUCCAAAAUUUCAUCGAAGAAGUUGCGGCAGCCCCGUGCCCGUGCUGACCGCCGUCUUCCUCCUCCGCUAUCUCAUCUCAAUAAUGAAGAGGGGUCCCAUUCCUGAUGAUGAUGAUACUGUUGCGAGGAAGGGCAAGGUUGUCACAACCACCGAGGGGUGGCCGGAACUGCUCCGCUGUACCACCACAAAACCACCGCCUAUCCUUCUGGACGAGCUCAUAGCGGAAAUCCUGCUGAGGAUUCCGGCAAGGUCUCUCGUUCGAUUAAGGAACAGCGUCUGCAGUUCAUGGAGAACCCUAAUUUCCAGUUCCCAAUUUGCCAAGGACCACCUUCGACGUUCAAUGGCAGUGGAUCCAGCCUUGACCCACCCGCGUAUUGCCUAUUAUAGCUUCUGGCACUCAUACCCCACAAUCGGAGUUUUCUCCGUCCGAUCUGUGUUCGAGAACCAUCCCCACGAACCCACCAAAGUAGUUGCCUAUGAGGGACGACGCCACCUUCGCAUGAUUGGCUCUUGUAAUGGAUUGCUGUGCUUGCACGAUAAGCAGCGUAAGGAUGGAUUAUUGGGCCCUCGUGCCAUGCUGUGGAACCCCUGCACCGGAUUCACAUCUCAGCCGCUUGAAAUUGGCGGUAUAUUCCGCGUCUGUGGAUUCGGUUAUGAUCAUGUGAACGACAAGUAUAAGCUUUUCGUCAUUGUGGAAAACAAAUCAGGUGAAUCUUUCACCAGAAUUUUCACAUUCGGCCCAAAAUCUACCUGGAGAACAAUUCAGGAUUUCCCAUAUAGACUACAUGACCCCAAUAACAAGGCUAUUCUGUUGGCUCCGGUAGGGCUUUUUGUAAGUGGCACUGGCACCCUUAAUUGGCUUCUUUGCAGCAGUCGUACUAGUUUUGUAGCAGUUCUUUCCCUUGACUUGGUGAAAGAGACUUAUAGUCAGAUUUCCCUUCCCAGUAGGGAUUCAGAUGAUGCUCUCCGUGUGUUUCCCCAUUUGAGUAUCUUGAGGGGUUGUCUUGCUGUUUGUUAUGAGACUAAGAAAACUCAUUGGACUCUCUGGAUGAUGAAGGAGUAUGGAGUUCCUCAAUCUUGGACUAAAUUGGCCAUAAUCCCCCACCACCCACUACUCGUUGAUGCUCCUAGAAAUUUUUCAUUAGAGCCUGUGUACAUGUUGAAAAAUGAUGUUCUACUGGUGAUUUCUCCUAGUUGCAAGUUUGUUUUAUGUAACUUAAAUGAUGGCAACAUAGAUUUUCCUAAUAUUGACAGCUCCGGUGAUGGCAUGACCCAACUCCGUCCUUUGUCUCGGGGUGCAGGCGGAAGGUCCUUUCACAUCUAUCAUGAAAGCUUAGUUUCACCCUCGCACUUUGGUCUUCCAACUUGCUCAUCUCAAAUGCGGUUAUUUAAGCCAAGCCUAUAAUCUCUUAAGCCUGUUCAUUUGGUGAAGAAUAUCCUGCACGGUCUCUUUUUAAGUAGCUUCCUUAUGAAUCGAACUGAACCAUACAGACAUGAAUACCAAUCGUGUUUCGCUUUAGUUAGAAUAUGCAUUUAUCAUGAAAUGCUAUAUAAUAAUUUAUGUUUUAGACGAGUUUGAUUU